AUGUUUCACAAGCAGUUCCUUGAGAUUGGGUUGGUGCUUCUGGCCUCUUCUGUCUUUUCCCUAGAAGAGAAUCUGGUUCUUUUCCAGCCAAGAAUGACCAGAGAGAGUUUACAGCUACUGAAUAAUUUGCAAACCUCAUCCAUCCAGCAGUGUCUACCACACAGGAAGAAUUUUUUGUUUCCUUGGAAAUCCAUGAGUCCUCACCAGUACCAGAAAGAACAUAUACUAGCCUUUAUUUAUGAGGUGCUACAACAGAUCUUCAGCCUCUUCCAGGCAAAGACUUUUCUGGGUCUUCAGAAGGAAAACCAUACAAAGUUCCUCACUGAACUUCACCAGCAGCUGGAAUACCUGCAAGUAUUCAUGAGACUGGAAGCAGAGCAGCAAAAUGGUGCCUGGGGUGGUGAUAACCUUAGAUUACAGGUUAAAGCAUACUUCCGAAGAAUCCAUGCUUACCUGGAAAACCAAGCCUACAGCAGCUGUGCCAGGAUCAUUGUCCAGGUGGAAGUUAACCGCUGUCUGCUUUUUGUACUCACACUUACAAGAAGUCUGAGGAAAUGA